GUCAUUGCAAAACAGUGACAAGGACACCUUACAAGUCUGCACUGUGCAGUGAACAUUAUUCAACAUCUCUGUUCUGGACCAUGGUCCUUCAUAGUGGCUGCAGCAUGAGCAUCCCUGCUAGUAUGAGUAUUGAAAGCCAGCUGCCCACCUCCUGGAGCCCUCACUACAACAGCACAGAUGUGCCCAUGGUGUCAUCAGGUUAUGCUAGUCGUCUGUGGACCCAGGAUCUCCAUCCACAGUAUUGGUCCAAAUAUCAGGUGUGGGAAUGGCUUCAGCAGACCCUAGAUGUGCACCAGAUUGAUGCCACAUCCAUCCCAUUCAGUAACUUUGACCUGGAUGGAAGACAGCUGUGUAGCAUGAGCUUUCAGGACUUUACUCAUUUGGCAGGAUCUGUUGGUCCUGUCCUCUACCAGAGUUUGACUGAUCUCAAGUGGAGCAGUCAAUAUGGCUCUUCGGCAGACAUGUUUACGCCAGGGGAUAUUAAAACAGAAUUAGAUGAUCUUCCAUGUUCAAUCUGCCCAGAGGAGCCCAAUUUCUACACCACCUCAGAGCAUUUUGACAUUAAAACCCCGUUUCAGCCAACGACAGUUAUGACUCCACCAGCUCCCUGUAGUCCAGACCCUAAAAGACCCCACAGUCGCUCUCACCAAGUGAAAAAACACAACCCUCGUGGGACCCAUCUGUGGGAGUUCAUACGGGAUAUUUUGCUAAACCCAGAAAGGAACCCAGGGUUGAUAAAAUGGGAGAACAGGUCAGAGGGUGUAUUUCGCUUCUUGAAGUCUGAGGCUGUAGCACAGCUAUGGGGCAAGAAGAAGAAUAACAGCAGCAUGACCUAUGAGAAGCUUAGUCGAGCAAUGAGAUAUUACUACAAACGAGAGAUUUUAGAACGCGUGGAUGGACGCAGGCUGGUCUACAAAUUUGGAAGGAAUGCACGUGGAUGGAGAGAAACAGAGAAGUGAAAGAGUUGGCCACAUGUUUAUUUUCUUAUUUUUCUUGUGAAGUCUCUAAUUUAUAACAUUAUGACUUUUACAUUAUGUUGUUUCUCUAUAAGAAGGAGUGUGUUGUCUUUUUUAUGUUGCUUGUAUUUAUAACUUUUUUUGUUUGUUUGUAUGAAUCAAAAACAAAGUUUAGCUGCAUUGAUCUGUGAAUUAAUAGUGUCUCUCUUACAAGUUACAGAUAAAAAAAAAACACUCUUAUAUUGAUGAACCUCUAUAUAGCUUCCAUGCAGUGCAUUUAACAUACUGUUGAGUUGGAUAAGCUGGGUUAAAAGACACUUUAUACAACUCACAAUAAUCUCAUUAAUUCCACCUAAACCAGAAAACCAGGUGUUUUAACAUAUGAUGAAACACUACUGCUGUAUUUGCUGUAUGUUUUCCAAUAGAACAUGAACAUGAACAUUUUAAAAAAUUAUUUCAAUGAUACUUUGAAAUCAAAACGCAUGGCUGAAAUAAUAUACUGGCUAGACAAAAACAAAAGUCACACUAAUACUAACAAGUUAAUAUGUUGUUAGGUGAUUUUUAUCCUUCAUUUUGGCAUGACAUUGAAUUGUGUCAAGAAUUUUAUGCAACAUUACAACAUUUAUUUGCAUCCACAAUAACAUUAAUUUCUUGCUGACAUCUUGUAUUGAUGACAAGAGAGUCCAACCUAUCCCUACAAUAUUCUCCAUCACAUUUCAAAACCUCUCAAUGGGGUUAAAGUCAAAACUCUAUAGUGGCCAAUUUGAUUCCUUAUGCUCUCAACAGCAUUAUUUUUUAUGUUGAGUCCUAAAAAAGUACCCAUGCCAUUACAGAAGGAAAAAAGUGGAGAUUCAGAAAGUGAACUGACUUCUUUUUAUAGCCGUAUGACAAUGCUGAGCCUAGGCCUGACCAACUGAAGCAGCCCCAGAUCAUAACACUGCCCCCAGAGUCUUGUACACUGGGCACUAUGCAGGAUUGGUGCAUUGCUUCUUACCCUGAUGCACCCAUUACUGUGGAAUAGGGUCAAAACUGUUUAGCCUCAAUCCUGUGAGUUCUCAUCACACUGUGAUUGUGGAAACUCUCUUUUACUACAGAAACUGUCUGGGGUUUCUAUUGUAAAUUGUAUGUGCCUUUACCAAACAUUCUAAGUGAUUAUGCUCAUUUAUGAUUUUGUUUUAUCUAAUUUCCUCACUUUUCCACAAAGUAGGUGAGCCAUCAUUCUCCUUCCAAAUUUUAGUAUUGGAUAAGCAGAUUUUUAAGACAGAUAGGACUUUUUGACCCAAUUUAAGUAAUUUCAGCAACCUCCUUAUUAAAUGUAUUGGCUUGUUGUAGGCCAAUAAAAUUACCCUUAAAUGCAGCAACAUUUGUUCUAUGAAUUGUCUUCUAUUCUAUGAUUUGUCUUUUGACAUGGCUGUGAGAAGCUAGUUAAGGUCAAAGAAAGAUUUGUCUCCAGCUGAAUAUUAAUUACUGCAGUAAUUUUCCAAUAAAAAGCUCUUAAGAAUUCUCUUAUUUACAUUCAAAAGUUCAUCUAUUUUAACCAGGUUGUGUAUGAGAGGUAUCUUUUAAGCAGUACCUCUCUUAAUACUGAUUAAAAAAAACAACUUUCAGUCUUAUACUGCCUUUCUCUAUGGCACUUAUUGUUGGUCAUAUUUUAAAUAUAUUUUAUUGUGAACCACAAAAGGCUGGAAAGUUUACUGUAUAGACUAUACAGUGUUUCAACUGUCUUUGAUGAGAAAACAAUGUGUGUGUACAGAGCAUUUGUAAACGUUAUGCUUCAAUAAA